AUGGCUUCAACGGAAUCUUUAGUGUGCGACACACUCGAUUUAAGUGGUCAAGGUCUAAAGAAACUUUCCCGUUGUCCGUCAGAUGCAAGUAUCAAUACAUUGAUCAUAGACGAUAAUGAACUUCAACGCCUCGAUAAUCUUGAUUCUUACCACAGGAUUACUAAGCUCUCAAUAGUAAGGAACCAGUUGUUGCGUAUGUAUGGAGUAUCAAAGUUACAUAAUCUUGUAACUCUUAAUUUAGCAAAUAACGGUAUAUUGACUAUAGAAGGUAUAAAGAAUAUGAUAAAUUUGCAAACAUUGUGCCUAGCUGGUAACAAUAUAAAGUCUAUUGAACAUUUACACACAAAUACUAAAUUGGAGCAUUUGGAUUUGUCUGAAAAUAGUAUUAGCCAUGUUUCGGACAUUUCAUAUCUACAGAACUUGAAGGAACUUUUUUUACAUAACAAUCGCAUAAUAACAUUGAGACAAUGUGAACGCUAUUUACCCACAUCUCUAGAAACAUUUACAUUAGCUAAUAAUAACAUUACUGAUUUAAAUGAAAUGUCACAUUUAGCUAAUUUAAAAAAUUUAGUAAAUUUUUCAAUUGCUAAUAAUCCGUGUGUUAGUAUGACAGUUAACAGUAUUGGUUUUGACUAUCGUCCUUUUGUUAUCAAUUGGUGUAUGAGCUUGAAAUCAAUUGAUGGCUAUCCUGUUGAUCCUAUUGAAAGCUUGAAGGCAGAGUGGUUGUAUUCUCAGGGACGCGGUAGACAAUUUCGGGUCGGUGAACAUGCACUACUUGCACAAUAUUUAGCAUCUGUCUGCCCUCUUUCUGGUGAAUCCCUAGAAAAUGAAACUGACAGGAAGCUUAGGCUGAUUUUAAGUAAAGCACAACAUCAUCAACAACAAUUAAAUCAACAAAGUGAUACUGGAAGUGUGCACAGCUUAAGUAGCGUCGGAAUGAGUCCUUCUCCGGCCGCUAGGCGUAGACUUAGUCAUAACAGGACAAGUUCUCCUAGACGUACCAGUACAACAAGAAAUUCAUUAAGAAUAAGGUCUCCAGAUAGAAUGGUAUCUAGUUGUCACACUGAUGCUAUGGUUUCUUCAUGUCACACUUUGUUAAAUGAAGAUCAUGAGUCAUUAAUGACUCAGAGUUUAGAUCCAAAUAUGCUUAGCGGUACUUUAAACAAUAAAGCAUUAAACGCUUCUGUUCCACAAGAUGUAGAAGAAACAUCUAGCCCCCUUCAAGCCGCAACGAAAUUAGUACCAGUUCCAGAAUCUCUAAUGAGUCCAGAUUUUCGCCCACCUUCUGGUCUUUCACGUGUUCUAGCAAAAACUCCACCAAGUAAAUUAACAUCACCUUGCCAAGUUACAGUGCCUAGUAAAUCCACUUCUGAUGGAGAUGGCAAAGUUAUUCCUAUAAUAAAUACAGUAAAUCCAAUGGCAAAAACGAAUCUUAGCGCUGUGAAAGCAAAUGCACUUGUAAAAAGUAAUUCUGCAACAAACUGCAGUAUCGGAAAACCAAAUAUUGCUAAACCCAUUAUCACAAGUAGUAGUAUUAAGUGUCCCCAUAGCGUGAAAAUUAAUAAUUAUGUUCAAAGUAAAACAUUGCCUGCAAAACGACCUACAAAGAAUUCACCGAAUUUAGGCAGAACUAUACAAAGGCCAAAAAGUGCAAAUGACAGAAUAAAGAGUAGUAUGGUAAAAAAAAGUGGAGAUGUAGAUGCAGAUAAUGCUACUCAGAGCAGUGAUGAAGAUAGUGAAAUGUGUCAAGCAAAAUUAGACGGUAUUCGACAUAGAGCGAUUCAAAGAAGACAAGAAGAUAGUAACAAAGAUCAAGAUGAAGCAGAGAAAGCAGCAAUAUGCAUUCAAAGAAUGUGGAGAGGAUAUCAUACUAGAAAUCUCAAUAAAAAAGCAACCAAUAUACUGAAAACUAUUGAAAUGAUAAGAACAAAUAAAUAUAUUCAGAAAUUGUCUACUGACAUGGAAGCUACUAGAACUGCUUUAGAAAGUGAACAUAAACUACAAUUAUUGCAAAUGCAAGCAAUUAACGCAUUAUGGAAAAAAGUUGUUAGUCUUCAGCCUGCUGCUAAUCGAGAUUCUGCAGGCAAUGAUAAUGAAAACAUUGCACAAAACGUAGAUGUUGUAACUAAUUUAGCGCAAACAUGUAAUUUGUUGCAUACUCAGGUGCAACAAUUACAAGAUUCUAUGUCAGAAAUAAAACGAUGCAUGUCAAGUAUGCAAUCUAAACCAAAUCUAGUCGAUAACGGUGUCGCGACUCAAACUGAGAUAUCUGCUGUUCAUACCCCAGCAGGCGAAGAAAACACAUUUCCGUACGCACGGCCACAUAGACCGCAGACUUUACCAAUUCAUCAGACUAUUCAUGAAGGAAAUGAAAAUAAAAGUUUUGCAUCUAAUUUGAUUGACAGUGUGUUAAAAAAAGUCUCUCAGUCUACAGAUACGACAGAUGAUGAAGUUAAUACUGACAUUUUAAAUUCGAAUGAAAAUCCUGAACUAUUGAAUUCAAAUGAACAUCCUGAUAUGUUCAAAAGUUGUGAAGAAAUUAUAGAACCUGAUUUCAAGGAGAUUACAGAACAUGAUACGAAAGAUGAAUAUGACAUAAUUGAUAAUGCUGCUCUAAAUGGUGAAGUUUGUGAAGAAACAUUAUAUAAGGAAUUGCACAAUUUAAUUGAAACAGAAAUUACAACAGAAAGUUGCACAAAUCUUGAAAAAGAAAAUCGUGGAGAAGAAAUUGAAAAUGAACAACAUUAAUCUGAGAGAACAUCUAAAAACGAUAAUAAAAAAAAUGAAGGCGCAAAGUUAGGAGAACUGAAACAAUGAAAAAUUAAUAUAAAUUCCAGUGAAUAGUGUUUCUGUUCACGAGUAAAAUUAACACGUUUGUAACUAAAAGUAUUUUCUGUACAUAAAUUCAGAUGGUAGCCUUAAAUAACAUUUAAGUGCUUUUAGUCGCAUGUUUUACAUGAUUCACGAUAGAAAAAUUAGAUACUUCCAUUAGAACUCAAAAACAUCUCACAUUAUUUAUCACGGAAAAACAGGUACCGGUAACAUUUUUUAAAAAAUCAUGUCAUUACAUUGUUUUACUAUAUACUGUGGUUAUUGAAGCAGUUCAGAAAUUUGUCCGUCCACAUAUCUGGUUUCGGAAAAUUUGAUCGAUGUAUAAAAUGUGUAUUAGUAACAUUGUAUAUCGUAAAAAGCUUUGCUCCUUCUUUAAAAGAUCGUAAGAAAAAUAUUACUGUACAGAUGAACUGUACAUUUGACACUACGAGUUUUAAUACUCGUAAAUUCUCAGAUUGAAGUGAUUUAUAAAAGGACAAAAACCUUCAGUAUGUGUAUGCAUUCCUUCUUAAUUUUCGUUUAAAGUGUACUGAAUAAUAUUAUAAAGAUAAUUAUUGAUUUUAUGUAUUUAUUCUUAUAUUUAUUAAAAAGCGUACACUUCAGUGAAAACUGGCAUUGACCCAAAGAUAGUUAAUUAUGAGAAUUUUUAAUCUAGUCACUGCUUAUGCUUCUACAUUAAUUACUGUAGAUACUAACUAAAACUUGUUACAUAAAUAUACAAUGUUAUUAAGAGAUAAAUACAAUUAUGACAAAAAAUUGCAUUUAGUGACUUUUCUGCAUAUGUGUAUACCUUUUAAGUUUUUUUAUUUAAAGUAUUUACAUCAUUAUAAAUUGUUGCUUUUAGAAUACUAAUGCAAUGAAAGAAUCUGAAUAUGUGAGCUCUCAUUAAAGUAAUAUUUAUUUUGUGUGAUACAUCUUUAUCGCGAUAUUAUAUAAGAUAUUUUGACGCUCAGAAUUGUUAAGAACUUGAUAUAAGUGUUCAAUAAAUAAAUGAUACGGUACAUAGUUGUUUAUAAUAAUAUUUUAAUUUUAUGUAAUUGACUUCUAUAUGUACUGUUUAUCUUAGUACAUGAAUAUUUUAUACUAGGAAACACAAUUUCGAAAUAUGAUAAAAAGUAGUUAAAUAUAAAAAAAAUUGGAAACAGAUAAAAUUUAUUACAUAGAAUGAGUAUUUAAUGUGAUACAAGUAUGCUUCAUAUGUUCCUUUUAGCUUUUAAUAAAAUAAGUAUAUGUUUAAGAUCAUAUGUUUAAAAUAAUAAAAUUAAGAAUAGUAUUUUCGGCACACAAUUCCAAUGUUAUAUGCUACGUUUUUAUUUACUUUUAUGCAUCU